GUAUUCUACAAACAGAUGUCGAUAAUGUAUGGAGGCAGCGGAUGGAUCGAUUUUCUCAUCUGGGAGCCUACAGCAUGCUGGGUACUCGCUUUGUAGUUCUAAUUUAGGCCGUAAUGAAAAUGCUAAGCUGUGAGUGUGACGUAAUAAACUGUUAAAGGCAGUUUCGACGGGGAAACAGUACCAUUUAAAUUGUACAGCGAAAUUUCGGACAAAAGACAAUGCCUAGUAUAUUGCGUAGUGUACGUAGAUCAUAACAGAUACCGUACCUCUCGCAAAAAAGUGAUAUAGGCUUUGGUAGCCAAGUAGAAUAUUUAAAUCUAAUUGGCUAAAAGCUGAAAUAUAAAAAUGAUAUAUGAUAUGAAGUCUGUGGAUCACUAACAAUCGAUUAUAAAUUCAAAUUGUAAUCAGCACUAAAUGUCAAUUUGAAUAUGAUAGUAUAAUUUGCAUCAUUUGCUAGCAGACUCGGUCGAAAUACAUGUACUAUCGAUAAGAACAGCUGAAUGGUCACGAAACUCCUCCCGUCAUGUUUGCGACACCUGGUCGUUGUUACACAUGCGCUGUGUUAUUCCAUCUGGAUUAGCAAUAUGACUUCACGAAACAACAGCCACUUUCACUCAAGGCAUUAAUGAUACAACAAAAUAGUUGUUACACAUGUAUAUUCAGCCAAUCUAUCUACAUUUAGGAGAUAUAGGUUACUACGUGUAGUCGUCUGUGUUGUCAUUUGCGUGUAUAUUUGCGAAUUCUCAGGAACGCCGCGCGGGAUUGGAUUACUAGCUUUUUGAAAAAUAUCAUAAACCAGACGUCACUUUCUCCAAAUAACUACACACAAUAGAACGAAAUAAUCGUCUUGUCGACCUCGUCAUCACUGGUUUGGGUAGUCGGCUCAGUGUGGCGCCGCAGUCAUAUUCAACAUUUUGGCUGUACACCGUUAACUGUACUGCGGUUUUUCUGGAUGUCUCUAGAAGUCAACGCGAUGCGAAGCUAUGGCAUGACACCUUCCUGCCUCAAGGCUGGCACGCUUGUGGUGCUUAUCAUUGCCGGAGUUCUGGUCGGUCUAGUGUGGUGGAAGCCAUCUUGUCCUUCCCAUACCCUCCUCACAACUGGGCGAGAGCGAUUGCCGCACACCAAGCUGGCGACCAAACUCAAAUAUCCACGUGUCUUCCCAGUUCUGAGGUGCACCGCGCAACAGCGACGUACGGACCAUGAUGGAAUCUGUGACUUCUUAAGAGAUUAUCGCUUGCAGGAAAGUAAUCGGCAAGCGCUUCUAGAACUGUUAGACUACUUUAUGAAGCUAGCAACGAAGCAUGGAUGGAAGUACUAUCUCAGUGAAGGGUCUUUGCUUGGCUCCUGGCGACACCAUGGGAUGAUCCCAUAUGAUAUUGACAUAGAUCUGUAUGUAGACAUCCGCCAUCGGGACGAGAUCACUGCAGCCAUUGAUAAAGAAAACGACUACAAGCUCAAGACAGAUGCGCGUGGUAUUGCCCAUGUUUAUUCCGAAUCGAAAGCAGCCCAACAUGUUCUGAAAGGAACGUCCGGCAGAUGGAAAUGGCCAUUUAUAGAUCUGCUGUACUUCACAGAUAAUGGGACUCAUGUUAAUUCUCUCAGCUACCCGGACAGACAGAGACAGAAGACGGACGUGUUUCCUCUUCAUAACAGACCGUUUGAAGCGUUUGACGUACCCUCGCCGCAUGACCCCGUUAAGUUCGUCAUCUCCGAGUACAUGUACGGCCAUCCUAAGCUGUCCGACUGCCGCGCCAUUGGAGGGGUAUCUUACAAAUGUGACCAACUGAAAAAUGUCGUACCAUUCGUUCAUCGAGAAUUUAAAAAUGAACUCAUGGUAGAAACAUUAAAACUCGGCGAUAAGGUCAUUCAAGUGAAGGCUGUCAAAGAGGCUGAGUCCAAUUUACCCAAGAGCCCGUAUACUCUUGAGACUGUUAAGCCUAAAGAGGCUCCAUUGUUCAAACCAGACAUGAUAGAUGCAGCAAUGACUAUACGCAUGCCUAUUGUGAAAGGACAACUAUAACAAACGCAGCUAUGGCUAUGGUGGGUUAUUUAUACCCGUAAUGCACCGAACGUUAACAUUGUUCGUACAGUAGAACCUCUCUAAUAAGGACACCCUCCGGGCUGUCAAGUGCUCUCUUUAAUAGAGAGCUUUGUCCUGAUUGGAGAGGUCAAAUUGAAUAAAAACAAUCAAUUUGGGACCAAACUAGUGUCCUUAACAGAUAGGUUGUCCUCGUUAGAGCGGUUUCCGCUGAAAGAGGUUCCACUGUAUAUAUUUUAGAAAAAAACCAACUUUGAUGUUUGGGAAAUUCGGGUAUACUGGAUCCACUCACCAAUAAGAUCCGAAGCACGACAAUACCCGAGUUGUACCACCGCCUCGCUGGGUAGAGUCUAAACAGCCGAACACAAUACAGGCCUUUCGCAGCCAUAAAAGGGGUUUUGACUGACGAAGACGGGGACAUAUCUCAUGCACCCCUGAAGGCAAACCUGCACAAAAGGCCGUGAUCAUGAGCCGAGUGCCAAAAAGAAGCUUAGUGUUUUUAUUCGGGAGAGCAUCGGGGGCGCAGUAAAAAAGUUGAGUAUUUUCGUGAAAGGUAUUUUCGUGAAAGGUAAGGUGGUUACUCUUCCAACAUUCAUCCUGGAUACCGUGUAUAAAGGGCACGAGCGAACUCACCUCCCACACGUUCUUUCAAUUUGACCUUUAACUUGGCGAACCUACUCACUUUGCUCUAACAUCCAUUCCCAGGGUUCGAGCGAAUGGGUAGUGCCCAAUAUGGGGUCAUCUGUGUGUACCUGUAGUGCUGAUGCGAUGAACUACAUGCACAACUAGGACUCCCUUCUCCGGCAAAUGGAUUUGUCUCUCUGGUGUUACGCCUAAUCUUGGUUAUGUACGCGAAAGAUGGCGGGCCGCAGUGUCGAAGUUGUUGUUCGCAUUGCUAUUGCGUUGAUAGAAACACAGAAGGCAGAUCGUUUCAAAGUCUUCGGCGUCCACAUACGAAAAGGUCUUAGAAACAAGUUUGGCUGACUGCACAAUUAUCCUGACGGUACAAGCCGUAUCAUCCGUUUUUCUCCCUUGCUUACCGUUUCAAUAGAAUCUGUGUUUGGCAAGUUGCCGAUUAUGAUCGAAUACGAUGUUUACGAUGUGGCCUUGCGAUUUUGUCGAUGCCGUCUCCUAUGUGACGUUAGUGUACCAACCAAUCAUAAGUCAUGAAGGCACUCGUUUAGAACUCGUCAACUAAACACUUCCACCAACGCGUUUCUUGACUUCCAUCUGUGAUGAGUCUCAGAAACGGGCGAUAAUUGCACAGCGCGAUUCGUUGAUACUAAAAGUCUCAAUGGCAAAUCAAUGCUAAAUUUGGUCUUUUUCUUUAAGUUAUAUGAACCAAUAGUUACUUCGCGUGAUCGGCAGUGUAAUUCGAAACUGCCGAAAUGACUGAGGAACACAAAAGCUGCCGCAAAUAAGGAUUUCAACGGUAUCGAUUAGUUGUUGGAUGUAAAUGCAUUAUUUAACCCGUAGUAUGUAUAUUUUAUCGGUAUAUGGUCAAUGGAUACCGAGAACAAAAUACUUCCUCUGUUUGAGGAACUAAAUAACCGGCCUCAGUGAGAGACAAACAAAACAAAGAUUCUGUUGCUUCUCGUGCAGACGAAAACACAUACAUUCAUCCCGGAUACCGUAUAUAAAGGGCACGAGCAAACUCUCCUCCCACACGUUCUUUCAAUUUGACCUUGAACUGGGCGAACCUACUCCUUUGUAUCACCUUGCUCUAACAACCAUUCCCAUGGUUCGAGCGAAUGGGUACUGCCUAAUAUGGGUUCAUCUGUAUGUACAUGUAGUGCUGAUGCAAUGAAGUACAUGCACAACUAGGACUCCCUUGUCAGGCAAAUGGAUUUGUCUCUCUGGUGUUACGCCUAAUCUUGGUUAUAUACGCGAAAGAUGGCGGGCCAGUGUCGAAGCUGUUGUUCGCAUUGCUUUUAAGUUGAGGAGACACAGAAGGCAGAUCGUUUCGGAGACCACAUACGAAAAUGUCUUCGACACAAGUUUGGCUAACAGCUCAAUUAUCCUGAUGGAACAAGCCGAAUCGUUCGUUUGUCUUCCUAGCUUUCCGUAUCAAUAUAAUCUGUGUUUGGCAAGUUGCUGAUUAUGAUCGAAUACGAUGUUUACGAUGUGACUUUGCGAUUUUGUCGAUGCCCUCUUUUAUAUGACGUAGUUUACCAACCAAUCUUAAGUCACGAAGUCACUCGUUUUGAACCCGUCAACUAAACACUUCCACCAACGCGUUUCUAGACUUCCAUAAUAUCUGUGAUGAUCGAUUCUCAUAAACGGGCGGUGCUUGUAAGGCCCUAACUCUCACCUCCUCUCAUGAUAUGGACAAUAGACGCUGUGGUCUUUCAACAAUUGUACAGCGAGAUUCAGUGGAACUCAAGUUCAAUGGCAAAUCAAUGCUAGCUUUUGUCUUUUUUAAAAAGUUAUAUGAACCAUUAGUUACUCUGCGUGAUCGGCGGUGUAAUUCGAAACUGGUGAAAUGACCAAGGAACACAAAAGCUGCCCCAAAAAAGGAUUUCAACGGUAUCGAUUAGUUGUGGAUGUAAGUGCAUUAUUUAAUCCGUAGUAUGUAUAUUUUAUUGGUAUAUGCGUAAUUCAAAUUUUAUAGGGCUAUAUUGUGAAAAUCUUUCUAUUUAAAAGGUUAAGGAAAAGGAUGACGUACACCAAGAAUGGCUACAUCGUCGGGAAAGCUACAUCAUGGACAACGUCACUGUCAAGUUGAUGACGGCACGACCACGAAUAUUGAAGAAGGAGCAGGAAUUAUAACCGUCCCAUAUUAAAGGCAGAAAGCACGGGAUUAUGCGUUCACUUCGGCGUUUCGUGGUAGGGUGUGAAAACACACUAGAGUCGGUGUAUCCGGUUAACGUGCAACUAUUUUUGUGAGAACUUUUUUUAAUCACAUGUUAGUAUUUUCUGAUUAGAUCUAAAGGACACCUGGAUUUGUGGUAAAGUCUUUGUAAAUUUCUACAAUAUAUUAGCUGCUAUUAGAGGAUUUCAGCAUUUGCAGGCUGAUGCCCUUAUUGUCAUAUAUGUCAUAGUUGAUAUUAUAAUAUAAGUAUAAUUCCAUCACAU